AAGGAGAGAAGUGAAAACCCGGAAUUUCAGUCGCUUUGGCGCGAAUUUUGCAUACCCCAUCUUCCUCAAGCUCUCGUCUCGAUUCUCUUACCACAGAAGUUACAAACCGCCAUAGCUUCUGUUCUCAACUAAUUCUCAAGCAUGGACGAACUUCGAUUGUCCCAUAUUUUUUAUAUCUGAAUUUGUAGGAGUAUGAUGGAUGAUCUUACAUAAGUUUGGGAAUCGUCUCGUUUCCAUUCUGUUUCCAGCGCGUUUAAGAAGACGGAAUUACUAGUUGAUUUGAGAAAUGAAGUUUAAGGCAUUUCUGACAGAUAAUGGUGUAAAUCUCCUUGAGAAGAGGUUUCUACCUGCCCUAGAUAAGAUGGGGAAGAUAUGCCAUCUCUAUUUGACUAGAGAUUACGUUAUCUUCUUGCAUAACCUUCUUAAUGGUGAUGGAAUUCAAUCAAUUGCUCAGUUUCGUAAAGAAGCUUUGUUUGAUGAUUACCGAAUCUCCAGCCAGAAUGAUGAUCGUAUUGCGUUUACUAUAGAUAUUUCCCUUCUCCACCGUGCAGUUCGUAGUAGUGUUAGUAUUUGUUCUGAGUUUGGUAAUGGUCCAACAGCAAAUCGUCUUCAAAUUAAGUUGGUGAAGAAGUUGCCUUUGAACUGCACCCAAUCUAUGCCUUUCCUUACAUUUGAGACUAAAGGGUAUAAGUCUGCUGUUAUUCAGGAUGUACCGAUCUCAAAGCCCAUGUCGAGAGCUCAAGUUCUUGAACUUCAAACUGCUCUAGAUAUGGCACAAGAUUUGCCUCAGACGCUUGUGCAGGUUCCUGAUCUUAACCAGUUGCAGAACUUUGUGGAUCGGAUGAAGAAUGUUGGGGAUUUGUUGAAUGUCUCCAUAAGCAAGUAUGGAGAUUUACAUGUGCAGAUUUCGACAGGGUUAAUUACUCUUGGUGCUGAGUAUCGAAAAUUAUUUGUCAUAGGGGAACAAGCUAGUGCUCCAGCUGAAGAUCAAAAUCUAAGUGCUCAGACUAGAUCAACCAGGGCAAUAUUGAGGGGAGAUGCUCAAUCUGUACAGGUGAGCGUGAAGCACUUUGCUAAGAGUCUUCAGUAUCAUUUGGCCAAGCCAGAUUGCACUUUCUAUGGCAUUGCUCCACAGGGUGCUUGCUUGACCGUGAUAUUUCAGUUUUUCAUUCCUGGCUCUCGCCAAACUGAUAAAUCAAUCAGUCUACAUUGUCGGCUUCCUGUUCUUGAUCCCGGAACGAGUUAAAUGGUGAUUGCCUUCUCGCAUGUUGGCUAUCAUUUUUAGAGCAACAGUCAAGUGGAAUUUGGCUGAAGUUGUGACGUGUAUUGGUCAUUUGACGUUAUGAAUCUGGGUUAAUACUGAAUGUAAUAUAUCUUGAAUUCUUUCUGUUUUCAGGUUGAAUUGUGGUAAUAUUUGAGUUUUUUUUUCUUGAAUACAAAUGCUCAUGUCAAGUACUUGUGAAUUUA